AUGAUUCUCUCGCCAUCAUGGAGGUACCGACUCCUCCCUUCUCCCUUCUCCCUUCCCCCUUCAUCCCUUCUUACUUUCCCAGCUGACUCAAUCCCCUCACAGGCUUCUCCUCCCAAAGCACGGGGUUCGGGCCGAUCAGGUCCCCGCAGACGCACUGGCUGCCUAACUUGCCGAGCACGCAAGGUACGCUGCGACGAAGUCAAACCUAACUGUGCCAAUUGCGUUCGCCUGCGUCUACAAUGCAGCUACAAGAACAUCGUCCCGGGUCUAGUCCCUCGGCACAAUGCUCGUGUUCAGAAACAAGGUCGGACGGCUGUCUCGCCGGCUCCUGAUCGUCCGGACCUGAACUUUUUUGACACAGUGCUGCGGCCAGAUGAGCGUUGUCGGCGGUCCUCACAUGCCCAUCUCACGGAGCAUGGUCAACAAGAGCCGCUAGAGGGCCCAAUGCGGUCUAUCUCCACAGAUUUCCAUGGAGCUUUUGAUAUUCUUGGAUUCAUUGGGGAGAUUAAUUCCGACUUGGAACAGAAACAUCUCGAUCUGGAGAAUGGGCUGUCUGAUUUUCCCCUGGUUGAUGAUGUGCCAUCUCCAGCACAGACUAAGAGUCGACUGGUCGAAGACGUACCUACCGUCGAUAGUGGCUAUUCAGAUGCUGUGCAAAAUGACGCCCCUGUUGACAUGAGCACAUGGCCUGAAACAAAGUCAACGUAUGAAGAACAACUCCUAACGGAUUUUCUUCAAUCAGAGGCACCUCCGGCAAUUUUUGGAUCGGUAGAUCUCGAAUGGAGCUAUGUCCGUGGGGUAAUUGUCGCCCUUUCGACUGAAUGCAGCGCCUUGUUGAAUAGCAUCUACUGCUACUCUGAUGUUCGCAAGGCCAUGAGAGAAGGGAAACGGUGGCGGAUGGCGCCAACCUUUCACCAGCAGGCGAACUCGAAGAUUCAAUCAUAUCUCCAAGGGGCAGUGAACUCUUCAAAGUUGAAGCGGAUAUUCACCGCCGUAUUUCUACUUAUGAUGACCGAGUUGAUGUCUACUCCCGAAUUAUGUCGUCCAGAAACAUCCUACCUCCAUUCGGCCUACCUCUUACUGCAGCAAUUCCACGAUCAAACAAAACCAUGGACCGGAUUCGGCCAUCUCAUCGUCUCAUGGGUAUCUCUUCUCGACGUCAAAGCCCUAAUUGCCGGACGCGAAGGCGAUCCUCUCUUCGACCUCGGUACUCUUUCUAGCACAACCAGCAAUAAUCGUAAACCAAGUCCUCCCAACGAUGACCAGGAAGAAAGUCCCCUUUUUUCCCAGCCUGCCUACCUUGUUCAAAAUUCCAUCAUCGCCCCGGCCUUCCAUUUCUUCGCGCAAACCCAACAAGUGAUCCGCCGUAUCGUCUCCAUCGACCUCCACCACCGCAGCCGCGGCACCGUCAGCGAUGAAUUCGAAGUUCUCCAAAUCGCCCAUCAGGUCAACGCAGACCUUGAAUACCUCUGGAACACUCGUCCCCGCGUUCUAGAUAUUUACAACCACCCUGAGACCCACCUCUUUGCAACACUCCGGUCCGACGUCGCUAGUCAGAUCUGUCGUGUCUUCCGCCAAUAUGUCGCCAACUUCCUGGCAAUCUUCAUUUAUCUACACCGCGUUGCGUUCGUCAUCUACCCACGUACAGAUCGCGUGCAUCGGGCCGUCGACCAGAUCAUUCAGCUCGCCACGGUGGAAGCUGCGAGUGCGUCGCACCACACUCUGUCGAGUAGUUUUCUUUGGCCACUGUUUGUAGCGGGGCUGGAAGGUUCGCAUGAGCAGCGCGCAUGGAUUAUGGAUGCCAUGCACCGGAUGGCUGACGACACAAUCUCAUCCCAGCGUCAUCCUAAUGCAUCCAGAGCGCUUCUUCUGCUAGAAGAGAUGACCAGACGGCAGGAUACGUCUCGCACAUGGGCAGAUUCACGAUGCGUACGACGGGAGAUGUUCACUGAUUUCUUCGUGAUGAUAUAA